AUGGCAGUGGCUUAUGUUCCAGCCUUUCUCGAGGACCGCGCGAACUUCGCCAAAGAGCGGGCGAACGGUCUGUAUGGAGCGACGCCGUUCAUCGUCUCGAACUUUAUAAUUGGCCUACCAUUCCUGUUCCUCAUCUCGGUGUUGUUCUCAAUCGUCUCCUACUGGCUUUCCAACUUCCGACCCUCCGGCGAUGCCUUUUUCACUUGGGUGAUGUGGAUAUUCCUUGAUCUUGUUGCGGCCGAAUCCCUUGUCGUCUUUGUGACAUCUAUAUUCCCAAACUUUGUCAUUGCCCUGGCCCUGGUUGCCUUUGCAAACGGACUAUGGAUGAGCGUAGGCGGUUUCCUAGUCACCCCAAAGAUCCUGAAUCCUUUUUGGAAAUACGUGUUUCACUAUAUCGACUAUCAGUCGUAUGUCUUUCAGGGGAUGAUGGUAAACGAGUUCGCGCAUCGCAAUUACUCGUGCGGUGAGGGAUGCCAAUGCUCGUACAUCACCGACUUGGCCGAUCAGUGUAUGGUCCGCGGCACGGGCGUCUUACACGAGUACGGUUAUGCGACGGGAAGAACUGGGAAAUGGGUUGGCAUCCUCAUCGGGAUCAUCGCGGUAUAUCGGCUGUUCGGGUGGUUUGCGCUUUCUUUGCGCAAGGGGUGAUGGUAUCAUUUCAUCACCUGGAUCCUGGAGGACUUGUCGGAAGGGAUGUACUCUUUGAUCUCUCUGUUUCACUACCUUCCGGCUUCCCAGAGGAUUUUUGUCGUCGGCCCCAGACAGAGAAGGGAAUGUGUAUUCUAAGAAAGCUAUAUAAUUCGUGUAAUUUCACCAGGAUUUGUUGCUAUCCACAGAUUGAUCCGUUCCUUGUUGUCUUAUUGCUGUUUAAGUGCUACUCUAUCUUGCAUUUGCUAGUCUAUCAUGGCCUUUCAUAAAUCCCAAGUAUUCUAUUAGAUUAUUACGGCCGACACUGGAAACCAAAGUGUCUGGCAACCGUCUGGCCGCCGAUAGCUUGCUUUUGUGGGACUGUCAGCAGCAGGCUUGUAUUUUUAUGACGUGACGAAUAACUAUAUAAAUCCGGAGUCUCCCAUUGGGUGACGCAACAGGUACAUCACGUACAUGUCACUACCCAUGCCCACCAUGUCAAUAGUGACCGAGUGAUUGGAAAUCGGUCGGCGGGAGACUGGCGAAACAGGAAAAGUACCAUGCAACACUGACUUGGGCGAUUUCGGCACGCUAGCGACUCUGUGAAGCAGUGUCAGCAACAAAAAGCAUGCGGGGGACGGUACCGUCAGUCCUGGUCGGCGCAGUGACCCUUUGAAACCAGCCUCAAUUCUCUUCCUGUCGAACGCAAGGACGUGCAGGCGUAGGUAUUCAAACCACUUAGACGCGAUGGGAAAGCAAAACUGGAGGCUGGGGGAGCCGUCAAUAUCAAUGGUUGGGAGCGUUGGGUGAAGGAUACUGGGUGUGACCAACUUCGCGUCGCGUGCUCUUCGCAUAGCUAUACUUCUGUCGGGAAAGUCGCAGCGUGCGGUGCCUAGUUCUAUAUAAGAGAUAAAGUUCCCGUAAAAUAUCUAAUCUUAUAGAUUAAUAAGAUCGGUUAGUUUUCGGAGCUUGACACGGGAUUACUACUAAAGGUGAAGUGGCCCGCAAGAUACAUGGCUGUAGCUGUUAGGUUACCAAUAGUUAAAGAUUCAUUAUCUUUGAACAAAUUAUGCGUAAGAAAUAUAUCGCGAUACUCGUCCGCAGGUGUUCCGUACCGUUCCCUAAAAACCUACUAGACUUGCCCGAUGCGCUCGCCAAUCCAAAUUACUGGUUGGAAACCCUGCUCCUAUGCAAGGCGAGCUUGUAGAUAUGUUGCUGCUAUAAGAUAACCUACAUGGGCAUGGGUUUCUAUAAUUACGGCCAUCUGAUGGUUUUUGGGCCUAAUGAAUAAUAAGAGGGGGGUCAUCGCUCGCAGUGCUGAUUUCCCGGAUAACAAGAUCGUAGCCCAAGACCACGUCAAUAAUAGCAGCCUCAGAUAUUGUUAGGUCCGCGACCACGUAUUGCCACGUGCUAGCCCUGCUCUCCGAGAAAUCGUAGAUUAUUGGCCUGGUGGCUGCCAUCGCUAUCGCCCUGGGUGAACCCUGGUUGGCUGUGCUUGGAUUAGACGCCGUAGAAUGAUGCCUUAUGGCGCGCAUAUAUGGCUGCAAACGAAGUUGCCUGGGUGAAAAUGGCUGAUGCGAGUUUAAGACGCCAGCAAGCGUAUGUUUUGAUAGGGUUAUGGUGUGCUGCUGCAGAAGUCGGGUUGGUCUGCUGCGGCAUAGCCCGCAAAUUGCUCUGCUCCUGAUUACCACGACUGCCUGUUGGGAUAUAUGGCAAGCACAAAGUACGGAUGCCUCAAAGAAGA